GGAAAGACAGCGGCUGGCCGAAUCACACUCGCCUCCCCCUCCUUCCUACCACCCUCGGACGAGCGCGAGACCCUCGCCCCCCGCGCGCAGCGCGUAUACUACUCCUCCAACUCCUCCGAGCGCCCGCGCGCUCGUAACCGCUCCGCAAAGUCCGUCUCGCUGGGCGCUACUCGAAGUGUCGCCGCCGGAGGAGGAUGAUCCGCUCCCGCGCGGCAAUGGUCCGCCGCGGCUCCGAACCCCGCCGUCGGCAGCACGUGGCCCGAACCACCGCAAGGAGGCCCGCGCCCUGGACGUCGUCGCGCUGCCCCCUGGCUGCUGCUGCGUGGUUGUGCUGGUGCCUACUGGUCUGCACGGCUCCGUACGGCGCCAAAGCCUUGAGAGAAGAGGCCGAGCUCAACGUCGAACUGGAAGCGGCAUCAGCGUCGGGCUCCGGCUCCUUCCAGAGGAUGAACCGGGUUAACGUGUGCCGAUGGGGUCCGGCACCGAUCUGUUGCGAAGGAUGGAUAAAGCAGUGGAGCCACGGUCGAUACGGGCCCUGUACCGUGCCGGUGUGCCGGAGGUCGUGCGGCCAAGGCCGCUGCAUUCGGCCCAACGUGUGCCGCUGCACCAGCGGUGUUGUGGCUAGCUCGUGUCCGCCAUCGGCCCCACUGACGUCACCCACGGCGGCGUCACAAACCAACGGUUCGUCGACGGCGGUCACCAGCCCGUCUUGGCGUCAAGAGCACGGCGGCGGUGGACUGUGCCGAGAACCCUGCCUAAAUGGCGGCCGCUGCAUCGGCAACGACCGCUGCUCGUGCGUGUAUGGUUACACGGGACGCCGGUGUGAGAGAGACUACAGGACCGGUCCGUGCUUCCGCAACCAGCGCCAGUCCUCGUGCUUGGACCAGCUGCCCGGUGUCGUGUGCACGAGGCAGCUGUGCUGCGCUACCAUCGGUGUCGCUUGGGGACACCCAUGCGAGGCGUGCCCGCGACAGUUGGAGUGCGACCGCGGGUACAUCACCAACAUCCACUCGCGCGGAUGCCAGGAUGUCAACGAGUGUGAAGCUAUUCCGGGGAUCUGCGAUGGAGGAAACUGCAUCAACACUCCAGGCUCAUUCAUCUGUGAGUGCAGUGAAGGGUACACGAAGAACCCGCGGACAGGAAAAUGCGAAGACGUGAACGAGUGCGCCCAGGACUUGGAGAUAUGCAACGGUGGACAUUGCGUCAACACCGACGGCAGCUACUACUGCAUCUGCAGCACGGGCACCGUGCCUAGUCACGACAAGAAGGCCUGCCUCGACACGAGCCAGGACUACUGCUACACGGAAUACGGCGGCCCAGGCCACUGCCGGAGUUCGCUUGCUGUGAAGCUGACCAAAUUUGAGUGCUGUUGCAAGGACUCAACGAGAAUCCGUGGCUGGGGAACGCCCUGCCAACAGUGCCCGCGAAACGGAACAGCUCAAUAUAAACAUCUCUGCAGAUCGCUGGAGCAGAUGACCGUCAACGAGUGCGACCUGAGACCUGACCUCUGCGAGCACGGCCGCUGCGUCAACACGCAAACGGGAUAUCGCUGCGACUGCGACGCCGGCUUCAAGCCCGCGUCCGACCACAAGAGCUGUAAAGAUGUCGAUGAGUGCAAGGAUAACAGCUACUGCUCCCUGGGAAGCUGCGUCAAUACAGCGGGCAGCUUCCGCUGCUUCUGCCCGCAGGGAUUCGACACCACUCCCGACGGCAAGGAAUGCAGCGAUCGCGACGAGUGCGCAGAGAGCGGCAUGUGCGGGAACGGACGCUGCGUCAACAUGGCGGGGUCGUACAAGUGCGUGUGCAACCCGGGAUUUACGUUGUCACCCAGCGGACACGCUUGCAUCGACAUCAACGAGUGUGCCGAGAACAGCCAGAUCUGCCUCCGAGGUGGCGUAUGUGAGAACACACCUGGAAGCUACCGCUGUACUUGCAGCAAAGGCUACGUCUGGUCGCAGGACGGGCAAUUCUGUGUAGACAUCAACGAGUGCGAGGCAACUGACAUGUGUCGCAACGGCAUAUGCGUGAACACACAAGGAGGCGUCAAGUGCCGCUGCAACACGGGUUUUAAGGAGUCCUUCGACCACCAUCACUGCAUCGACAUCGACGAGUGUCGAGAGCUCGACAACGUGUGCGGCAACGGACGGUGCGAGAACACGGUGGGCAGCUUCCGUUGCAUUUGCGACAACGGCUACAGCCUGGGACCCGGCGGCAGAUCCUGCGUCGAUUCCCGGCGCGACUACUGCUACUCGUGGUACAGGAACGGCGAAUGUGGCCAACCCUCUCCGAUGCCCGUUAAGAAGUCGGCGUGCUGCUGCGCCGCCCAGCACCAAGGUCCAUCUGUGGCCGCCUGGGGAAGCCAGUGCACCCCCUGUCCGCAGCCCGGCAGCAUCGAGUACUCGCACCUCUGCCCCAACGGCACCGGCACCGGCGUCGACGGGGAAGAUAUUAAUGAAUGCUGGGUGUACCCGAACAUCUGCCCCAACGGAGCGUGCGAAAACCUAAGAGGAAGCUACCGUUGCAUAUGCAACCCAGGAUAUAAAGUUGACAGCACAGGGAAGAUCUGCGAAGACAUCAACGAAUGCAAGGUGAACUUGAUGCUGUGCGAAAACGGCCUGUGCCGAAAUACUCCGGGCAGCCACCAGUGCACAUGCCCGACAGGGUAUAGACACAACACGCACACCAGCGCCUGCGAAGAUGUGGAUGAGUGCCGGAGCUCCGGCAAGGACAUCUGUGUGAGCGGAACAUGUGUCAACACCCCGGGAAGUUAUCGCUGCGAGUGCCCGGCAGGCACGACGUUGGACGCAUCUCGACACGUCUGCAUAGACAAUCGGCGAGGCCUGUGCUGGCUGACGGUGAGGAACGGCCAAUGCGAGAACGACGUGAAGAGGACCAUGCUACGCUCAGAGUGCUGCAACUCGGUGGGCAAAGCCUGGGGGAGCCCCUGCCAGCUCUGCACAGCAGACAGGGAUCCUCACAAGUGUCCUCGAGGUCAGGCAUCCGUCGAUGGAAUCGCGUGCACAGAUAUCAACGAGUGCGAAUUGUACCCGGGCAUCUGUCGAGGAGGCGGUCUCUGCGUCAACACUCCGGGCUCGUACCAGUGCAACUGCCCACCUGGCCUCACCCUGGACCCUGCAGGAACGCGAUGCGUCGAUUUGCGCGAAGAGGUCUGCUACGCGUCGUUCAAGGACGGUCGCUGCUCUCGUGGCAUGUACGGACUCUUCUCGAAGGCCAUGUGCUGCUGUACGUUGGGCAAAGCCUGGGGUCACGCCUGCGAGGCCUGUCCGCGGCCCGGAACUGAGGCCCAUCGUGAGCUGUGUCCUAAGGGACCUGGUUAUGGCCCAACGGGAAGAGACAUUGGUCACAUAGACGUCACAUUCUCAGACGUAAACGAGUGCCUCUACUUUCCCGGACUGUGCGAGAACGGCCGCUGCCAGAACACCAUCGGAGGCUUCACCUGCGGCUGCAGCCAAGGCUUUGCGAUCGACCAGGAGGGCAUCAACUGCACAGAUAUCGACGAGUGCAGCAUCGCCCACGGGAUCUGUGGCAAUGGCACGUGCAAGAACACGCCCGGGUCCUUUCUCUGCGAGUGCCACGACGGCUUCGAGGGCUUCAUGAACAUGCAGGACUGCCGCGACGUGGACGAGUGUUCGAGCAACCGGGGAUUGUGCCGGGGCGGUACGUGCGUCAACACGCCCGGCUCCUUCCACUGCGUCUGUCCACCUGGCCACGAACUGACGCCAAACGGGAAGGCGUGCAAAGACAUCGAUGAGUGCAGCAGGACGAGCGGAAUCUGUUCCAACGGUGUCUGCGAGAACAUGAUGGGAGCCUACCAAUGCAUCUGCAACCACGGCUACAAGCAGAACACAAUACAGUCGAGCUGCGAGGAUAUCGAUGAGUGCGCAAUAAACAGGGGCAACUGCAAGUCUCAGUGCACCAACACGCCGGGCAGCUACUUCUGCUCCUGCCAUCCAGGAUACGAACUGUCGCCAGACGGCGUCAGUUGUGUCGAGGUCGACGAGUGCGCGCGUGGUCUGGACACAUGCAGCGGCGGCAAGUGUCGCAACACACCUGGAGGGUACACCUGUACCUGCACGGAAGGGCUUCUCCCGGCGCCCGACGGCAAGGGAUGCGUAGAUUACGACGAAUGCGAGAGAAACCCGCACCUGUGCAAGUACGGAAGAUGCGAGAACACGGUCGGAUCGUACGUCUGCCGCUGUCAGCCGGGAUACUCUGUCAAAGAGGGACACACCCACUGCACCGACGACAACGAGUGUACCAACGGUGAGAACGACUGCAGCGAGUUCGCGGACUGUAUCAACACGGACGGCUCGUUCCAGUGCGCCUGCCGUGAAGGUUUCCAAGGGGACGGGACCACGUGCAAAGACGUCAACGAGUGCCUUCGGGAGAAUGGAGGUUGCGACACGGACGCCACCUGCAUCAACACCAACGGCUCCUUCAAGUGCAUGUGCGACAGCGGGUUCACCGGCAACGGUUUCCAGUGCCAGGACAUUGAUGAGUGCAGCAGUAUCACGUCGCUGUGUGAGAACGGCCAGUGCAUCAACCAUGCGGGCAGCUACCGCUGCGAGUGCGCCAUGGGAUUUGCACCUCAGGACAACGAAAGAGCGUGCGUCGACAUCGACGAGUGUACAGUAUUCGACAACAUCUGCGUUUUCGGCCAGUGCGAGAACGUUUUCGGCAUGUUCCGCUGCAUCUGCCACCCUGGCUACCAACUGGACUCGACGGGCGGUAACUGCACGGACAUUGACGAGUGCACCAGUCCGGAAUCCUGCUUGAACGGCCGAUGCGUCAACACGGCGGGUUCCUACGUCUGUCAGUGCCCACCGAACUACAGCCUCACGCCGACCAAAACAGGUUGCGUAGACACCCGGCAGGAGAUGUGCUACCGCAAGGUCCAGGGCAACUUCCACGGCCGCGGCAUCUGCACGUCGCCCAUGGAGGAGCUCAUGUCUCGCGCCACGUGCUGCUGCACUGUCGGAGCUGCCUGGGGACGCGCGUGCGACAUCUGCCCACCUGCAAACUCCACGGCCUACAAGGAACUGUGUCCCGGUGGUCCAGGCUUCCGACCAAACCAGAUCACCGUUUCUCUUGAAGAUGUGGACGAGUGCGAGGAGCUGGUGGACGUGUGUCACGAAGGCCGCUGCUCCAACACGUUCGGAAGCUUUCACUGCGUUUGCCCCGACGGGUAUACCCUGGACGACACGCAGAGGAAUUGCGUCGACGUGGACGAGUGCAGGCUGUACCCGGACGCCUGUGGCCCGGGCACCUGCCACAACAGCGACGGCAGCUACGUGUGCUACUGUCCUCCCGGCUACGUAGUCGUUCCCGGAGGCAAAUCCUGUGUGGAUAUGAGGAAAGACCAAUGCUACAGUCACUACCACGUCGUGGACCUACGGCAGCCACCCGUGUGCAGCCAUCCCAUGAUGACCAACCAGACCAAGAUGACGUGCUGCUGCUCGGUCGGCAAGGCCUGGGGUCACCCCUGCCAACCCUGUCCGCAGCCGAACACGCCGCAAUAUGCAAAAUUGUGCGCCGUCACCACCGUCGGUACCAUGAUGAACCCGCUCACCUCGGAAAUUGACGACGUGGACGAGUGCCAGGGCAUGGUCUGCCAGAACGGCCACUGCACCAACACCGUGGGCAGCUUCCUGUGCCAGUGCUAUGACGGGUAUCGCUACAACGUGCACCUCCAUAUGUGCGAAGACGUCAACGAGUGCCAAACGACACCUGGACUAUGCACCGGUACGUCCAACUGCGUGAACACCGACGGAAGCUACAAGUGCCAAUGCCCGGACGGAUACAAGCUGUCGGCGAACGGCCGCGACUGUAAAGAUGAGGACGAAUGUUCUGAGAAGCCAGGCAUCUGCCAGAACGGAGUGUGCGUCAACUUGGACGGCAGCUUCCAGUGCACCUGCAACCCCGGCUACUACGCUACGCCUGCUGGAGACACCUGCAUUGAUUACGACGAAUGCACGCGGGGUCCUGGAAUCUGCGCCAAUGGAGUCUGCGAGAAUGUCCCCGGCUCCUACCGCUGCGUCUGCAGUCCUGGCUUCCAGCUGUCUCCUAACAACGACUGCACGGACGUGGACGAGUGCCGCACGCAGUACCGCAUCUGCCACAACGGGCGUUGCCGGAACACCAUUGGCAGCUUCCAGUGCGAGUGCCAGAAGGGCUACGAGCUCAGCGAGGACGGCAGAAGCUGCGUUGACAUCGACGAGUGCGACACCGACAUGUGCCAGGAGGGCACCUGUCGCAACUCCGAGGGCUCCUUCGAGUGCACCUGCCCGAAGGGAUUCGAGUUGUCGCAGAGCGGCCGACACUGCGUGGACGUAGACGAGUGCCUGUCCAUCCCGCAGCUGUGCCUGGGAGGAGUGUGCGCCAACACCCGCGGCAGCUUCACCUGCACCUGCCCACCGGGAUUCCGGCUAUCCACGGACGGCAAGAGCUGCAUCGACAUGCGCCAAAAGCACUGCUUCCUGCGGUACCACGGUCAGCGGUGCUCGGAGCCCCGGCCGGGAAACAUGAGCCACCAGGAGUGCUGCUGUAUGCACGGAUCGGCCGCCUGGGGUGACCACUUGCAGUGCACCCGUUGCCCGUCGCCCUCGGAGAGCAGUUUCAGGGCGCUAUGUCCAUUAGGCUCUGGCUUCGUGCAAGUCGACGGCAGCACGCUAGACAUCGACGAAUGUGUCAAGAUCCCGGACGUAUGCAGCAGCGGCAAGUGCAUCAACACGGACGGCUCGUACCGCUGUGAGUGCGAGCCUGGAUUCAAGCUGGACUCGAGCGGACAGAGCUGCGUGGAUGUGGACGAGUGCUCCCAACAGCCCGGCGUGUGCGGAAAGGGCGGCUGCACCAACACCGUGGGCGGAUUCGACUGCACCUGCCAGGAUGGAUAUGCGCCUGGUUUGAACCAGGUCUGCGAAGACGUGAACGAGUGUCACCUGGGCACGGACGGCUGCGCGUUCCGGUGCGUCAACACGCCUGGCUCGUAUCGCUGCACCUGCCCCUAUGGGUACGAACUGGCGCCGGACGGAAAGCACUGCCAAGAUCUGGACGAGUGCGCGGCGGGCACUCACGGCUGCCGGUUCGCGUGCAAGAACCUCGUGGGCAAGUUCCAGUGCGUCUGCCCUGACGGCAUGAGGUCUUCCAGCUACGGGGACGACUGCCAAGACAUCGACGAGUGCCGUGAACAACCAGACGUGUGCCAGAACGGCGACUGCGUGAACACUCGCGGCGGCUACCGCUGCGUUUGUCACGGAGGAUUCCAGAGCAGCCACGACGGCAAGCAAUGCCACGACACCCGGCAGGGCAUGUGCUACCUGACCUUGUCGUCGUGCCCAGCGGCGGGCGCCGGCGAGUCUUCGCGGGAGGACUGCUGCUGUGGCAUCGGCGCCGCCUGGGGUCCGCACUGCGAGGCCUGUCCCACUCUGGAGCGCGAGUCACUGUGUCCAUUCGAAACAGGUUUCAACAAACACGGCAAAGACAUCAACGAGUGCGACAUGAUGCCCGGGCUUUGCAAGAACGGCCGCUGCGUCAACACCCAGGGCUCUUACCGGUGCGUCUGCAACCGAGGAUACAAGGCCGACGCUUCGGGAAAGCAGUGCAUAGACAUCAACGAGUGCGAACAGAGCGUGCCGCCUUGCAAGUCCAAGUGCGUCAACACGGACGGCAGCUACAUCUGUGCCUGCGAGCCGGGAUACACGCUAGCCGAGGACAAAGUAUCGUGCAAAGACAUCGACGAAUGCGCGACGGACAGGCACAACUGCGCGCACAGCUGCAUCAACACACCGGGAAGCUUCCGCUGCGGAUGCAAGAACGGCUACAAAUCGCACGAGAACCAAUGUCUCGAUAUCAACGAGUGCCAGGAGCAGCCGUACCUGUGCGCCCCGAGUGGAACGUGCAGUAACAUGCUGGGCACCUACCGAUGCAACUGCCUGCGCGGCUACAUCACCGACGCCUCCGGAAAGUCCUGCAAAGAUACCGACGAGUGCGCCAACACGGCCAAGUGCCCCCACGGCUGCGAGAACCUCGAGGGCUCGUACCGCUGCACCUGCCCCAAGGGCUUCAAGCAGGACUACUACUGGAACCAGUGCAUCGAUGAGAAUGAGUGUCUGGGCCUCCCUUGCGGCUCGGCUUCGUGCAUCAACACGGUGGGCAGCUUCUCGUGCUCGUGCCCUUCCGGAUACCGCUACGAUGAGAUCAUGACCAGCUGCACCGGAGGCGAAGGCUGCGAAAACAGCCCGUGCCUGUACGAAUGCACGCCGACCGGCAGCAGCGGUUUCCUCUGCGGCUGCCCAGAGGGAUUCCAGCGCUUCGGCCAAGGGCACUGCCUCUCGGCCCGGGACAGCAGGGGACAAUCGGUGCCGAACGCGCUGGGCAGCCUGGGCUCCGCUAUUCCCGUCUACCCGCUCAUCGACCCCGAGGGGGCAGCGUCCGGCGACGACAAAAUCAUCUCCACCGAGGGCUGCUACUCGUGCAAUCUCAACAGCGGCUCGCUCCCCACGGCGCAACACCGGAGGACCAGGGACGUUGCGGACGACAGUGGCCCCGCGGCGGCAGCGAACGCCACCAGCGGUCAGGUGACGCGCCGUUUCCGGAGAUCCACACACAGGAAGCGCACAGCGGCGGCCGAGGAGACCCCGAAGAAGCGCAAGCCGUCGGAGCACAAGCGGCGGCACGACCACUCCCACUGGGACCUGGUCAAGGUGACCAUAGCCCUGGACGAGGCCCAGCGGGACCGACACGUCCUGGAAAUCAGGCCCGCCUACAAGCACCUGCGCGACGACAGCAACUACCACGUGCUGCACGGCGUGGACAGGGACCGAUUCCAGGUUGUGUCCAGCGACGGCGGAGUGACGCUGCAGCUGGCGGAGACAAUCGAGACGCCGGGCGUGUACAAAGUCAACAUCGGAAGCAGAACGCCCACAGAGGAGGAGUCUCAGCACCACAACAGAGCAUUCAGACUUCGUGUCCACGUUGCCAUCACCGAAUAAACACGGAGAAGCCGGCUCGGCCGGCAUUCAUCUUUCAUCGCCCUUUUCCCCACACAAUAGCUGCACUGCAGCGUGAAAGCAGCAGCUGUUAGCGAGUCGAGCCACGCCUACAUUAUUAAAGUACUGAAACCUCCA